GUAAGAUUUAUUGUUUAUCAUAUUGGAUUAAUAUUUUCAUCCCUUUCAUGUCUCAGUCUUGAGUCUUGAUUGGAAAUUUCUUGGUUACACAUAAUAUGAUGACAUGUGACCUGUUAUUUUGUUCAAAAUUCUAACAUGUAGUGGAUUGGCAAAUUUGCUGCAUCUGCAUGGUGGUAAGUGAGUAAACAAUUCUCUUUUCUUUGUUUAUGCUUCUAUUGCAGUCUCUCUUUUGUGGUUUCUUAGAUUUGGAGGGAAGAAACAGGAAGCAUUUUCUUAUAACUUUAAGUUUCUAUUAGGUGUAUUAUGCUGGUAUGGUCUCUGAGUUGUAUUAGAUUCUUGGGGAUCCAAGCUUGACUUAAAGAUGGGGCAGUGGAAUGAAAAAGAAGAAGAAUUGGGAACAUGCCCCUGCAUAUUGCCAAAAUGAACUGUCUUAGCAUCUCAGAUUGACUAAAUAAUUUCAACAUGUAUUUUGGAUGUGUAUAUUGUCUUACACUUUUUCUCUGUCUGUUGAUUAGCGAUCUUAUUAAUAGCCAAUCAAUAGUUGUCUUACUCUUUCAACCUCUGACAUUUACAGGAGUAUACAGUAGUUGCAUUCUGAAACAAAAUUGUGUUAAUAGAAUUGGCAUUGAAGGUUAGCUGCAUGGGAAAGACAAUUCAGGUUUUCGGUUUCCCUGAUGUUCUGGCUGCAGAAAUAGUCACCGAGUUUUUAGAACGAUUCACAGGUCAGGGGACAGUAUAUGCUUUAGAGGUUAAGCAGUCCAAAGGAGGACCUAGAGCUUAUGCUAGGGUCCAAUUCAUAAAUGACAGAAGUGCUGAAUACAUUAUUGCCUUGGCAGAGCAAUGCCUUAAUUAUGGUUCUUCAUAUUUGAGGGCUUGGGAAAUGGACAGUGAUUUGGUUCCGAGGCCUAGGACCUAUGAACAUCACAUGGAGCAAAUAGUUCUGAAUUUUGGAUGUCAGGUGUCAGAGAAUAGGUUUUCAGUGCUAUGUAAUGUGCCAAAUGUUUCAGUCAGAUUUGGAAUCGGAAUGAGGAAAAUGUAUUUUAUUUUGCAUUUUCGCUCUUGUGACUACAAGCUUGAAUUAUCCGAUGAAAACUUAUGGCAGAUUGUACUGCAUCGACGUGGUCAAGCAGCAAAGUUUCUCCUCAUACAGUUACUUGGUGCUCCUCGGGUUUUUCAAAAACUUGAAGAGUCUACCUUUAGCUACUUUCAGGAAACUCCAGAUGACCGGUGGCUCAGGACGACAGAUUUCACUUCAUCCUGUAUUGGGCAAUCAUCUGGCAUAUGUUUAAAGCUUCCUCGUGGUAUUAAACUGCCAAAUCUCAGGGACUAUUUUCCUUGGUACAAAGAAAGUGACAGCCAAUUUACGUUGGAAACUGGUUCCCCUUAUUCAUACAAUUUGGUUUUAGCUCCUAUUCUGCAUCCUCCCCGAGGACUAUAUUUGCCAUAUGGAAUCUUGUUCAAGGUCUGUUGUUUAGUACAGAAUGGAUGUCUUCCAGGGCCAUCACUAGAUGCUAAUUUCUUUAGAUUGGUUGAUCCUCAAAGAAGAGAUAUCAGGUACAUAGAACAUGCCCUAGAGAAUCUGUACAUAUUGAACGAUUGCUGCUAUGAGCCGGUGCAGUGGCUCAAGGAGCAGUAUGAUAAGUAUGACAAGCUUCUGCAACUUCCGAUAUCACCUACUCUUACUUUGGAAGGUGGGUUGGUAUAUGUCCGGAGGGUACAAGUUACACCAUGCAAAGUGUAUUUCUGUGGUCCAGAGGUCAAUGUAUCUAAUCGUGUAUUGCGCCACUUUUCAGAGGACAUUGGCAAUUUCCUUCGUGUUUCUUUUAUUGAUGAAGAGGGGAACAAAAUGUUUGCCACAGACUUGUCGCCUCGUAUUGCUGCAAAUGUGAAUCAAAGAACCAAAAUUUACGAGAGAAUACUGUCAACAUUAAAAAAUGGCAUAGUUAUUGGGGAUAAGAAGUUUGAAUUUCUUGCCUUUUCUUCAAGUCAAUUAAGGGAUAAUUCAGUGUGGAUGUUUGCUUCAAGGCCUGGGCUUACUGCUGCUGAUAUAAGAACAUGGAUGGGUGAUUUUAGUAGGAUAAGAAAUGUGGCGAAAUAUGCUGCCAGGCUUGGUCAAUCUUUCAGCUCCUCCACGGAAACACUAAAUGUUGGUACGCAUGAGAUUGAAAUGAUUCCUGACAUAGAGGUAAGAGGUGGUUACUUCGGUGCAUCCAAGUAUGUCUUUUCUGAUGGCAUUGGGAAAAUCUCUGCUCAAUUUGCAAGGCAAGUUGCUAGGAAAUGUGGCUUCAUAACUUCUACUCCAUCUGCUUUUCAAAUUCGGUAUGGCGGCUUUAAAGGUGUUGUGGCUGUUGAUCCCACUUCAUCAAAGAAGUUGUCACUGAGACAGAGCAUGAAGAAAUAUGAAUCCAAUAACACCAAGUUGGAUGUUUUAGCAUGGAGUAAAUAUCAGCCUUGUUUCCUCAAUCGCCAUAUCAUCACUCUUCUGUCUACCCUGGGGGUCAAGGAUAUUGUCUUUGAAAAGAAGCAAUGUGAAGCGGUUUCCCGGUUGGACACUAUUCUAACUGAUCCAUUAAGGGCACAUGAGGCUUUAGAUUUAAUGGCUUCUGGAGAGAAUAUGAAUGUACUCAAGGAGAUGCUGAAAUGUGGCUAUAAGCCUAAUUCUGAACCAUUUCUUUCAAUGAUGCUGCAGACUUUCCGUACAUCAAAGUUGCUGGAAUUGCGGACUAAAACAAGGAUAUUCAUACCGAAUGGAAGAUCAAUGAUAGGAUGUCUGGACGAAACCAGAACCUUGGAAUAUGGCCAGGUGUUUGUUCAGUUAUCUAGUGCUGGGCAUGGGCAAUUUUAUGAUGAUUCUAACCAGUAUUCUGAACAAAAUGUCAUUCUUGAGGAAAAGGUGGUGGUUGCAAAAAAUCCAUGCUUGCACCCUGGUGACGUUCGUAUUCUAAAAGCUGUUAAUCUGCCAGCAUUACAUCAUAUGAUGGACUGUGUUGUCUUCCCCCAGAAAGGAAAGAGGCCUCAUCCAAAUGAAUGUUCUGGAAGCGAUUUGGAUGGAGACACUUACUUUGUUUGUUGGGACCCUGACCUGAUUCCACCUCGGCAAGACCGCCCCAUGGAUUACACUCCAGCACCUACAAUGCAGUUGGAUCAUAAAGUUACAAUUGAGGAAGUUGAGGAGUAUUUCACUGACUAUAUCGUGAAUAACAGUUUAGGAAUCAUUGCAAAUGCGCAUACUGUCUUUGCUGAUCGGGAACCACUAAAGGCCAGGAGUGAACCGUGUCUGGAGCUUGCGGAGCUCCACUCAAUUGCAGUUGACUUUCCAAAGACUGGUGUUCCUGCUGAGAUACCAUCUCAUCUACGUGUCAAAGAAUUUCCUGAUUUCAUGGAAAAGUCUGACAAGCCAAUGUAUGAUUCUCAGCGUGUCAUUGGAAAGCUUUUUCGAGAGGUAAAAGGAAAGGCACCACUCACAAGCUCUAUUAAGUCAUUUACAAAACAAGUGGCUAGAAAAUCAUAUGAUAGUGACAUGGAAGUAGAUGGAUUUGAGGAUUAUAUUGCUGAAGCUUUUGAUUACAAGAGCGAGUAUGAUUAUAAAUUGGGUAAUUUGAUGGACUACUAUGGCAUAGAAACUGAAGCAGAAAUAUUGAGUGGUGGUAUCAUGAAAAUGUCAAGAUCUUUUGACCGGAGAAAUGAUGCAGAAGCUGUUGGAAGGGCAAUGACAUCCUUAAGGAAGGAAGCUAAGACCUGGUUCAACACGAAUGGUGAUCACUUUGGUGAUGCAUGUGCAAAAGCAUCAGCAUGGUACCAUGUCACUUAUCAUCCGAAAUACUGGGGUUGCUACAACAAGGGACUGAACCGGGCUCACUACAUUAGUUUCCCAUGGUGUGUCUAUGAUAAGCUGAUUCAGAUAAAAAAAGCAAGCAUAAGAAGGUCUCAGCAAAUUUCUUUACUGGAGCUGCAGUUUAGUCAUGGACUGAGAUUCCUUUGAGUGAAUAAUUUGGCAUCAAGAAUUUGCGAAUUAGCUGUCAUGCCCUUGGUAAUGAGAAGACUUAGCAGCUAUAUUUCAGACUAUGCUGCAGGCGUUACUCUCAUUUGCAUCUACUACAUUACUGAUCAUAUCUAUUGCUGUAAAUUAAUUGAGUUCUUGAGCGUGCACAUAUUUAUUGUCAUGUGACAAACUUAUAUAUUUAGGAAGUGUAACAAGUAAGUCCUGUUUGCGUGCUGUAUCAUUCAUAUCUAAGCUGGAUGGUGUUACCAUUGCCGCUUUUUACCCUUAGUUAAUUUAGUUUGUAUAUGUUAUUUUGUUGUUCGAGGAAAUGAUAAAGGAUUACUCCA